CCAGAAUCCCAGACACAUUUUUACGUCCCGAACAAGAAAGCAAAUCUGAAACCUACCCAAACCCUAACCCUAACCCCUAAAUUCGAUGACCUAAAUUCGCCGGCCGGUACUCCAAUUCAACAUGUCGGCGAUCGGAAACGGAUUGGGGAAUUCGAAUGAUUCGGCGGCGGCGUUUGUGACGAUGGCGAGCCAGCGGCUGCGGCUGAACCCUAACAAGGAGCACAAGCCGGAAAGCUACGACGACAUGCAAUUGGAUUUCAGCCCGUCGAUUUUCAGCUCGCUGGAGCGGUACUUGCCGCCGAACAUGCUCGGAAUGCCGAGACAUGAUAAGGUCAAGUUCAUGAGGGAGAUUCUCCUCAAGUACUUGCCCCAUGGAGAACGCAACAGAGUUCAGAAGCACAGAGAUUACAGGCAGAAGAUUAUAUUGAAUUACCAGCCUUUGCAUAAAGAGUUAUACCAGCUCGAUCCCACCAUCACCUUUGUCCCGACAUUUCUAGAAGCAGUGAAUGAGAAUACUGAGGAAAGCUUCAGAAGGAUAUGUUCUGAACCCUCACCUGGAAUAUAUACUUUUGAGAUUUUUCAGCCACGUUUCUGUGAAUUGUUAUUAGCCGAGGUGGAGAAUUUUGAAAAAUGGGUUGGUGACUCCAAAUAUAGAAUCAUGCGACCCAAUACAAUGAAUAAGUAUGGUGCUGUUCUUGAUGAUUUUGGCCUUGAAACCAUGCUGGACAAGCUUAUGGAGGGUUUUGUUCGUCCUAUAGCUAAAGAGCUGUUUCCUGAGGUUGGUGGAGCAACUUUGGAUUCUCAUCAUGGGUUUGUGGUUGAAUAUGGUAACAAUAGGGAUCUUGACUUGGGUUUUCAUGUUGAUGACUCAGAAGUAACUUUGAAUGUGUGCUUGGGAAAACAAUUUACUGGAGGAGAGUUGUAUUUCCGGGGAAUACGUUGUGAUAAACAUGUAAAUAGCGGAAGCCGUCCAGAGGAAGUCUUUGAUUAUUCUCAUACCCCAGGAUAUGCUGUGCUUCAUCGUGGUCGUCACAGGCAUGGUGCUAAAGCCACGACAUCAGGUCAUCGUGUCAAUUUACUUCUAUGGUGCAGGAGUUCUGUUUUCAGAGAGAUGAGGAAGUAUCAGAAAGAUUUCUCUACCUGGUGUGGGGAAUGCUUGCAUGAGAAGAAAGAGAGGCAACGAAUGUCAAUUACAGCUACCAAACAGGUAAUUUUAUAUAGAUGUAUGCAAAUAAAGCCAGCAUAUGGGGACAGGCAUGCACUCCAACACAUAGACAUAAAGCUCAGAAACUGAUGGAUUAUGAAUUUCACCUAAGCAGUACAUUACUUAGAUCAAACUUGUAUAGGAGGUUACCUAUUUUAUCAAUUAGAUCCACAUUAAUUUUUCGUUCUGUAAAGAUUUCCUCACAUGAAGAGUUAAAAGCCCUAAUAUUACAGCACUUCCAUACUACAGACUUGAAAUGCAUGAUAAACACAUCAAAGUGGAAUAGAUAUUCAGGUGAGUUGUUUUUCUGCAGGAGUUGUUGCUCAGGAAGGAUGAUGAGUCCUAAUGUAGCUGAUCUUCAUUCACUACAAGUACACACCAUUUGUUGUAAAAUGUAGCUGUAGCCUGGUCCAUGUCGAAGCACCAGAGAAACUGGCCUACACAAUGAAACUGGACGAAAGUUGGGUCGCAUUUGCUUAUGUACAUCAAUUAUGUUAAGAAAUUGGUAACGUCUACCUUGAAUCUUGAAGCAUUUGUGGAAUGGAACUUCUGUAAAAAGAGAAUGUUUAUGUGAAUUCAUUGUCUGUUGUAUUUGAUUAUCAUAUAGGAAACUUGUAUUAGUGUAUUACAAAUCAUGAUGGCUUUUAUUGUUAUUUUUCUUUAGAAACACAAGUUCAAACUUCAAAGCAUGAACAUUGAUAUAUUGC